AGGGGACAAUGUUUGGGUACACGUUGAAAAUGAAAACCUGGAACGAGAGAAAUCGCUAAAAACGAAAGAGAGACGAUCGCUAUAAAAUACGGAGUAAUCACUAGAAGGCGGAACAGACGGCGACGAUCCGAGCAGAAGGCGACGGUCGGCCGAGGAGACGACGCAAUCCGUGCAGGCGAGGCGAAGGUCAGAUGCCGAGAAGGGAAGCUUAUUGCGGAUGGGGUAGGGUUUUCUUUUUAAGAGUUACAAGUAAAUGAAAUCUUGGUUGGGUCGGGUCUCCACUGCCAGGAUUUCGACUACUCUUCGUCUCCGACGAUUAGUCUACUCAUGGUCGACUACCGGAAGAUCGGGAUACUCUUAGUCGCUAGGCGGUAGCUCAGUAUGCAUGAUUUGACCUAUCAAACUGAAAGCACUUCAAUCUAGCCGACUUUGUCAUCAGUAUCUCAAGAAGGUAUCCCGGCAAUGAAGAAGAACAGCAGCAACUCCUUAGGCACAGAUAAUAGUCGAACUUUGCCUGUUGAUCUGAACCUUCCCCGUUACCUCUGUCAGAACUGCCAUAAUUCCCUUUGCAUAGUUGGGGUUGAUACUUAUGCCGAAAAGUUUUUUUCCAGUGACUCCUCGUUCUCUCCAUCUCGCUCAGGGAUGCAGGCUUCUUCCAUCCAUGGAGUUGCCAGUAUAACUGGCGGGUCCACACGUAUGGAAAAUUCAUUUGUUGUGUUGCCCAAACAAGGAAACCAUCAUGGGCAGGUGGUUCGUCCUCGUACUCAAGAGGUAGCCACCAACCAUCCCCCUGAUUCAAGCCAGUUUGGAAGGGCAGGCAUGGAAGAGUCUUUUGUGGUGUUGCCUCCACCAGCUGCUUCAGUUUAUCAUCAGUAUGCAAUUGCAUCAGAUGGAGCAGCUGGGACUAAUCAAGAUGAUCCCACCUCCAGCGUCCCUAUACACCCAAGCAAUCCAUGCUUCCACUCCACUAUCACCAUGCUAAAUCGUGCAUUUGAGAUUGCCACCACACAAACCCAGAUUGAGCAACCUUUAUGUCUUGAAUGCAUGCGGGUGCUAUCUGAUAAACUUGAUAAGGAGGUUGAGGAUGUUAACAGGGAUAUAAAAGCAUAUGAAGCUUGUCUUCUGAGAGUAGAGGGCGAGGCAAGGAGUGUUCUUACUGAGGCUGAUUUUAUGAAGGAGAAGAUCAAGAUAGAAGAAGAAGAACAGCAACUUGAAGCGGCAAUAGAAGAAACAGAGAAGGAAUGUGCUGAAGUUACUGCUGAGCUAAAGGAACUUGAACUCAAAUCUGGCCGCUUUAAGGAAUUGGAAGAAAAGUAUUGGCAAGAAUUCAACAAUUUCCAGUUUCAGUUGAUCUCUCAUCAGGAAGAGAGAGAUGCAAUAUUGGCUAAAACUGAAGUCUCUCUAGCUCAUUUGGAAUUAUUGAAGCGAACAAAUGUCCUUAAUGAUGCAUUUCCAAUUGGUCAUGAUGGAGAAUUCGGAACAAUUAACAACUUUCGCUUGGGAAGACUUCCUAAAAUUCCAGUUGAAUGGGAUGAGAUAAAUGCUGCAUGGGGCCAAGCUUGUUUACUUCUCCAUACAAUGGCUCAAUAUUUCCGACCUAAGUUUCCAUAUCGGAUAAAAAUUCUUCCAAUGGGAAGUUAUCCCCGGAUCAUGGACACCAACAACAGUACUUAUGAGCUCUUUGGUCCAGUGAACUUGUUCUGGAGCACGCGCUAUGACAAGGCCAUGACCUUGUUCUUGAAUUGCCUCAAGGAAUUUGCUGAUUUUGCAAAUGGUAAAGAUAGAGAGAACAACAUUCCUCCUGACAAAUGUUUUAGGCUUCCCUACAAGAUUGAGAGCGACAAAGUAGAAAAUUGCUCAAUCACCCAAAGCUUUAACAAACAGGAAAAUUGGACCAAAGCACUCAAGUACACCCUCUGUAACUUGAAAUGGGCGCUAUACUGGUUCGUGAGGAACACAAACUUCCAACCUCUUUCCUCCCCUGCUGCCGCCGCCCCCUCUUCUCAACCAGGUGCAAGUUCUACAUAGUAUCAAAGACUAUACCUGAUCCAAAAUAUACAUGUGUCUCAUAUGUGUGAAGUACAUCAAUAUUGACAGUUUAGUCAUCCAGCAUUGUAGAUUUCAUUGUAGAUUUUGUAAAUAAAAAUCUAUCCUCGCUGUGGUCUUCUUUUAAUGUUCGCCUUCGCUCUUGAGCUCAUUAUUCAUUUUGUGUUGCGUAAUGCAUAAUUUACGAAAACAAUAACCAUAUCUUGUACUCCAACUAUUUAUGAUUAAUAAAAGAUGAAUUGGCCU